AUGGCGCUCUGGAGCGACUGGGGGAACAAUGCCACCACGAUGCUAGAGGACUACUACCAGCUCGCGAACAGUCUUGCUUUGUUCGGCGAGAAAACAUGGACUGGCUCCGGUGUACGCGACACGGAGCUUACGCUGGAGGAAUUCAGCAACGCGUACCCCAUCUUGAACGUCGCUGCACCCGGCCAGAACCUGAACCGUGCCGUGAAGACGGAAUACGGCAACACGGUCUACGAGUAUCCUGGGACGUAUAACACGCUCAUCACUCCCGUUUCAUCUGUCGGGCCUCCCUAUACCCUCACGUUCAGCGUGAUGCCCGACGCUGCGGAUCCUGAUACAGGCCUCCUAUUUUCCGGGAAAGACUCGCGGCUGUGGGUCGCCAAUCUGACAUUCGAGGCUACUGGCCAGUUGUACGCACUUGGCUAUAUGCUGCCCGUCGGCAAGUAUACAAACAUGUCGAUUCAUGCCACGCGAGAGUACACAUAUGCAAUCAUCGAUGGUGACGAUGGAAACCCAUACUUCUGGGUGACCAUCAUGGACAUUUGGGAAGAGUAUAUGGCGGUGGGCAACAUGUCGUUCGCGGCUCCUGCGCAGUACGUUGGUGGGCAGGGAUUUGCAGGGACCAUCAAAAAUAUUUCGUUGACACUUGGUGCUUAG